CAAUACCACUCCACCCCAUGUCUAAUAAUACCAAGUGUACUCAACCAAGUGGCAGAGAUAAAAGCUCUGCAAAAUCCCCACAGCCAACUCAUCUGAGAACAGCCAUGGUACCCCUUCCUUUAGGGUGGUUCAUGCAGAUUUUAUAUAGAUUUUAUAUGUAGAGAAGUCUCCAUCAUCAUCUGCAGCCCCCCCACUGCCAGCUUUCCCACAACCUCUUUUUCCACUGGUAACACCAGAAGAAUCUUUACCCCUCUGCAUCACUGCAUACCUUUCCUCCCUCAAACCAUUGUUAACCUCCCCUCUCUUCUCCUCUUCUACCAUGUUGUUGGAUUGUUGGAGAGGACCACAGCCACCUCCCCAUAUUCUCUACCACCUUCAUGGCUUUUGGCUCCUUUGAGGUCUGUGCUCUCUUUCUCUCUCUUUCUUCAUCUUCUUCACUUCUUUGGAUCUUCUCUCUCUAUGCUAAACCUUAACUGAAGCUUGCUGGCUCUUGGGCUCUAUGUUGCUUUAAACUCGCAUGAGUCAUAUUUAUUUUAUCUGAAGUUUUCUACUUCUCGCAUGAGUGCACUACACUGUGUUCUUCUACGCUCUGUUUGAUGAAAUCCCUGCUCUUCUAUGCUUGCUUAAUGCUGUCUUCAGGAAUGCUUCUUCAUUAGACCUCUAAAAGGCAUCUCAUCUUCUUCUUUAUUGUGUUCAUCUUGGCUUCUUCUAUCUACGUCAUUCUGCUUCUUUAUUUUCUCUUUCCAAUGCCGCAAUCUUACUUCCCUCUUCGGUGGGAGAGCACUGGGGACCAGUGGUGGUAUGCCUCUCCUAUCGAUUGGGCUGCGGCCAAUGGCCACUACGACCUCGUCCGGGAGCUCCUCCACCUUGAUGCUAACCUCCUCAUCAAGCUCACCUCCCUCCGCCGGAUCCGGCGGCUCGAAACCGUCUGGGACGACGAUGCCCGCUUCGUGGAUGCUGCUAAAUGCCGGUCCUUUGUCGCCCGAAACCUCCUCCUCGAGUGCGAGAAGAAGAACCGAAAGAAUACACUGAUUCGAGCUGGCUAUGGUGGUUGGCUGCUCUACACUGCAGCCUCAGCAGGGGAUAUUAGCUUUGUUCAGGAGUUGCUUCAGAGAGACCCACUUCUAGUCUUUGGAGAAGGGGAGUAUGGUGUGACUGAUAUAUUCUACGCUGCGGCGAGGAGCAAGAAUUCUGUGGUUUUUAGGCUUCUGUUUGAUUUUGCCGUGCCACCAAGGUGCUUCGCAGGCGGCGGCGGCGGCAGAAAGGCAGCGAACAGGUCGGGUGCUGGUGUUUCGAUCUUUAGGUGGGAGAUGGUGAACAGGGCUGUUCAUGCUGCUGCUAGAGGAGGGAACUUGGAUAUCCUGAAAGAGCUUCUUCAGGGAUGCUCUGAUGUCUUAGCUUAUAGAGAUGUUCAAGGAUCUACCAUCUUGCAUGCUGCUGCUGGCAGAGGACAAGUUGAGGUAGUUAAGAAUCUAGUGGCACGUUUUGAUAUAAUUAAUACUCGAGAUAAUCAAGGGAACACAGCACUGCAUGUGGCAGCCUUUCGAGGACAUUUGUCAGUUGUCGAAGCCUUAAUUACUGCAUCUCCAUCAUCCUUCCCUUUGACAAACAAUGCUGGAGAUACUUUUCUUCAUAUGGCUGUGGCAGGUUUCAGAACUCCUGGUUUCCGAAGGCUCGACCAACAAAUGGAGCUCAUGAAGCAGCUGGUUUGUGGAACUAUUGUAAAUGUUCAAGAGAUCAUCAAUCUCAGGAAUGAUGAUGGAAGGACAGCCCUUCACAUGGCUGUGAUUGGUAACAUGCACUCUGGCCUUGUUGAACUGUUGAUGACUGUACAAUCAAUCAAUCUAAACAUUCGAGAUGCUGAUGGUAUGACCCCAUUGGAUCUACUCCGACGGCACCCGCGAUCAGCAUCAUCUGAAAUACUGAUCAAACAAUUGAUUUGUGCUGGAGGAAUCUCAAAUUCAAAGGCCUACAUGGCAAGAUCAGCCAUUGCUUCCCAGGUAAAGAUGCAAGGUAUCGGAACCAGCCCAGGUACUUCUUUCAGAGUUUCCGAUGCAGAGAUAUUCUUGUACACAGGUAUUGAAGCAUCAGAAACAAGUGGAAGGCCUAGCUCAUGCUCAAGUGCUAGCAGGAGUGAACUACCAAAUUUUGGCACCAUUGGUGCGAAGAAGCAAGAGUCCUCAGACAAGAAGAAACAAAACUCUGUCAGCAAUGCAGCAAAGCGGCUCAAGAUUCUACUCAGUUGGCAUUGUCAGAAGGAGAAGAAAACUGAUACACCAAAGAAGUUGGGAGACGACGACUCAAUGGACUCAUUCAAGAAAUGGAGCGAGCGUGAGGAGACCCCAACACCUCUCCGACAGCGAUUCUCCAGGGGAACAUCGCUUCUGAACAACAAGCGAACUCUCUCUGUUAGGAGUUCCAUGCCAAGUCCAGCCACGAAGAAGAAAUUUGCUGCAGGUUUGAUGCAUGGGGUCAUUCAAGCCAUGCCACAUCUGGCUCCUCCAACAUGGUCUCCAUCUGGUUCUUCCUCGAAGUCAUCAAUGUCAUCCCCUACAUCAGACAAAAAGAAAGGCAUCUGUUCGCAGAAUGAACCCCGUGUUGGUGCCUCCUGCUCGAUUUCAUCGGUCACUGCUGGUGGCAUAAUGGAGAAUGUAUCACAGAAAUCUGAUUUUGUGAAUACUAGAAUGAUGAAUCGGUAUUUUUGUUUUGGCACACAAGGUCUGACUCUGGAGAAUUCAGUCAGUGGACAGCUAUCAGCUCGGACAUUCAAACAUUCAGUUCUACCAGUGGCUUGAUAGACCUGUUGAAAGAUCUGGAGCUCGUGGCGAUGUAAUUAACACGGACUGGCUGUAUUGUUUACAUAUUUCACCCAAUGGCAACACUAGCUGAUGGAACGCAUGGAAUCCUCUCAUUAUAUAUAUUUGAUAAUUUGAUAUAUACGCAUGAAUAUAAAGUAGGGGGACAGAUGAUUUGUCAUUGAGGAGGCUUGAAGUUAUUGGAUCAUGACAGGAGAAACUUAAAAUGAGAAAAUACAAUGUUUUGGUAUCUGAUGCAUUUAAGUAUCCGUGAGUUUGAAGACCAUGGUUUCUACCAGUGUUUCCACGAGAAACAACCUGGUCGUGCAUUAUACCACUUCAUGAGGUUUCACUUACUCUCCAUUAAGCCUCUCAUGUUCCAUUUGGAUUUCAUCAACAAGCUGGCAUCCGGAUCCAAAAAUACAGUUUGCACAUACAUGAUAAGUUCUGGUAGUAACAUCCUGAGUUCACUCGCUAGAAUUUUUUAUAACCAA